AUGAUGAUCGUAACAACCGCCGGAUUGCUAACCAAUCGACGGAUUCCGCCUCAGAUAUCCCUGGAAAGCGCGGGAAUGAGGAUUCUUCGUCUCUUGUCAAAAUCUCGUGCUCGAUUUGCCUCCAAUGUGGUCACCAAUUCCAUUUGGGGUCCUGUAAUGGUGGCAGCUGAUGGUUCAGAUGAUGCUGAAAGGGGUGCUGUCUGA